AUUUACUACCCUUCGCCUUCAAUCCGCCGACAACACGACGUCCACCUUCGCCUCUCUUCCAAAAUACCGAGCACUCAAAAUUUUAUAGAGACAUGGAUUUAGGAGAAGCAGGCGACUCGCCCUGGGGUGAUGUUCCUUCGCAGUCUACCUCAAAGCCCGCCGCACCCGACUUCUCUCAAGAUAGCUCUUCCAAACCUCAGGAUGCUGAGACCUCCCAGCAAUCACAAACUUCGGUCAAAUCGCCCGCGGGCCGGGCAACAAGGGGCCCGGUGCGCCGACUUGUUGCUCAGCCUACACGACUUGAAGCUGUCGACGACCCCCUAGGCCCUCUAGGGCCUCUAGGAGGUAAUUCCGGCCCAGGCGCGGAUUCGCAGGCCGACGAACCUCCAGCGCCGCCCCUAAAAGAGCAGGUUGUUAUUAGAACCACAAUGCCGCAGCCUUCGCAGCAGAAGCGGCCUGGCCCUGGGGAUCCCCAUCGAAUUGACGACGAUGACUACGACCAGCCCUCCGGGCCACGACCACCACCUCCUGUACAACCUGCGCAGCCAAGCCCUGUGCGAGCGAGCGGCCAACCAAGCGUUAGUAUAGAACAAGCUGCAAAGCCCAGCUUCCAUAUCACCGUGGGAGACCCCCAUAAAGUUGGCGAUUUGACGAGUUCCCAUAUCGUCUAUUCGGUGCGAACAAGGACCACAUCCAAAGGCUAUAAACAGCCUGAAUUUGAAGUGAAGCGAAGGUAUCGUGAUUUCCUCUGGUUGUAUAAUACAAUGCAUGGAAACAACCCAGGUGUCGUGGUGCCCCCGCCCCCUGAGAAACAAGCUCUCAACCGCUUUGAGAGCAACUUUGUCGAAUCGCGUCGAGCUGCUUUGGAGAAGAUGUUGAACAAGAUCGCUGCGCAUCCAACCCUACAACACGACUCAGACUUAAAGCUUUUCUUAGAAAGUGAAGCGUUCAAUGUUGAUGUCAAGCACAAAGAGAGAAAAGAGCCUAUACCGAGUGAAAACAAGGGCAUGCUAGGGUCUUUCGGUAUCAGUGUCGGAGGAGGCAGCAAGUUUGUCGAACAGGAUGAUUGGUUCCAUGACCGUCGUGUCUACCUGGAUGCUCUGGAAAACCAAUUAAAGGCUUUGAUGAAAUCUAUGGACACUAUGGUCAACCAGCGCAAAGCCAUGGCGGAAUCAGCAGCAGACUUUUCUGCAUCACUACAUGCUCUUUCAACCGUGGAAUUGAGUCCCACUCUAUCUGGUCCUCUUGAUGCUUUGUCUGAGCUACAGCUCACCAUACGCGACGUAUAUGAUCGACAAGCCCAGCAGGAUGUGUUGACAUUUGGCAUCACUAUUGAUGAGUACAUUCGAUUGAUUGGGAGUGUAAAGCAGGCUUUCUCUCAACGCCAGAAGGCCUUCCAUUCAUGGCAUAGCGCAGAGAAUGAGUUACAAAAGCGCAAGGCCAGCCAAGAGAAGUUGCUCAGGCAGGGCCGGUCGCAGCAAGAUCGCCUCAACCAAGUUGGCGCUGAAGUUGCUGAUGCCGAACGUAAAGUACAUCAGGCGCGAUUGCUUUUUGAGGAUAUGGGUAGGCUCAUGCGAGCGGAGCUUGAUCGAUUCGAGCGCGAAAAAGUUGAAGAUUUUAAGUCUUCGGUUGAAACGUUUCUAGAAAGUGCAGUAGAGGCACAGAAAGAGUUGAUCGAAAAAUGGGAAACUUUCUUAAUGCAACUUGAUGCCGAGGACGAUGAAACAGUGUUCUAUCGUCCACCGGUUAUACAGACCGCCGACAAAAUCGCCGGUCGUGGAGAGACUGCCGUAGAUCGAGCCAGGGCCACUAUUGAUGAAGAUUCAGACUAAGCAUGCAGACAUUUGUAGUUGCCAAGUGUGCGACGUAGAGGUAUAUUAACGGAGCGCUGGCGGGUCAUAGGAAGUGAACGGACGGAGAUGAAAUCUAAACAGGGUUGUACAUAUAGUCACACAAAAUCCUCAAUGCGCCUAAUGAACAGACAAGAAACUUUAG